GAGAAGAAAGUCUCCUUUGAUGAUGUCCAUGGAGCAAAUGCAGCCCCUGGAGCUCACAGAAGACAGGCUGGACAAGCUAAACCCACGAUGCAGCCACUUAGAUGAUCUUUCAGAUCAGCUCAUUAAGGACUGUGAUCUCAAAAAGAAGCCAAGAAAGGGGAAAAAUGUGCAGGUAACUCUAAAUGUUGACUCAGACCAAAAAAAGCCAAGAAGAAAAGAUACACCAGCGCUGCACAUUCCACCUUUCAUACCAGGUAUGAUCUCAGAACAGUUAAUUAAAAGAUAUGAUGUUCAAGAGAGACAUCCAAAGGGCAAAACAAACCCGGCUCUUCAUAACACUGACGUGGAGCAGAAAAAGCCAAGGAGAAAAGACACACCUGCCGUGCACAUUCCCCCCUUUAUAGCAGGUGUGACUCUGCUUAGGGAUGAGAGACCCAGAGUGAUCGUGGAAGAUGACGAAAAGGAUGGCGACAAGAUAACUAUUUAA